AUGCCUUCGAAGCAUAGCACAAGUGUUGUUGGUGUUCAGAACAGGCCGGUAGAGCGCAUCGUUGGCUAUGUGCUGAUAUCAUUCGCGCUGUACGCAAUCUGGAAGGUACCUGACGUACUGGUCAUCAUUUCCAUGAUUUCAAUAGCUAAAGCUCGACAGAUUGUCUACGCAUAUGUCUUUUCUCCUGUUAGGCAUAUCCCAGGACCCUUCUGGUCGCGGGUGACCAGUAUACCAUACCGCUUGGCCACCUUCAAAACUCGACGCAGCGCAUAUGCACAUGAUCUGGUCCAGAAAUAUGGAAGCAUCGUGGUCAUUGCUCCUGAUCAAGUUCAUACUAGCGAUGAAAUCGCGAUGAAAACCAUCUACGAUCGCAGUUCAAUCAAGACAAGCUUCUACUCCAACAUGGGUUCCUGGAAGGGCGUCGUUACUACUCUUGGUAAACUGGACUAUGCUUCAGCAGGACCGACGAGGACCAACUUGAUCCAAUGCUUCCAGAACCGUAACCUUGAAACACUUGCCGACAACAUCGAUAAGCACGUCUUCCAGUUCGUCGAAGUGAUGAAGACCACAGCUGAGGCCGGAGAGAAUGUCGAUGGCGUCGUCUGGUUCAGGCUGCUUGCAUUGGAUAUUGUCACAGAUGUACUAUGGGGAGAAGAUACUGAUCUCUUGGGUCACGCUGGAAGCGACACGCCAGAGCUUUUGAAACGCUUCUUCGCAUUCAGUCAAUACAACGCCCUCAAAAGCUUUAUACCGGUUGUCGAGCUCUUGGCCAAAUAUGUUGGACCGCCCAAGUUGUCAAAACUUCGACGAGAAUGCCGCGAUAUGGAUGUCACAGCUCGGCAAGCAUUGACGCGAUGGCAUGAGAAGACAUCAAAGACACACGACCGCGACGUCCUAUCGAUGUUGCUCAACUCGCAAACUUUGGACGAUCCAGAGAAUCGCAUCAAACCUGAAGACCUCCCGGCGUACAUGGUGGAGAUGAUGGCAGCAGGAUCUUCGACCACCUCCCAUACAGCAGCAUUUGCGUGCUGGGCUCUUGCAAAUCAUCCCGAGGCGCAAGAAAAACUGCGCAAAGAGCUGUUCAAAACGCUGCCAGAUGCUACGCACUUUGACAUGAAAGACUCUCAGAAGUGCGAAUAUCUUGAUGCUGUGAUCCAUGAGACUAUGCGACUGUGGCCAAUGAUCCCAGGACCACUCGAGCGGUAUCUUGGCAAGGCAAUUACCGUUGAUGGUUUGACAGUGCCACCAGGCGUAGUUGCAUCAACAUCCGCACUUACUUCUGGGCGAAACGCUGAAGUCUUUCCAGAGCCCGAGAAGUGGCUGCCCGAGCGAUGGCUCAACGCGACAGACAGGAUGAAAUUGAAUUGGACGCCGUUUGGAUAUGGCUCUCGAAUCUGUCCUGGCAGCAACCUGGCAAUGACCGAACUGAAAUAUAUGCUUAGUGCAACGUUCCGUAACAUGCGGGCGGUGCAGCCGGUUGGAGUGAAAUGGGAACCGAUCGAACUCGCUGAUGUCUUUGCUGCUGGCACGAAGACUGGGCACUGCUGGUUGCGUUUCGAAGUAGAUGCGGAGCAACCGUGAGCUAUUAAAUGCACGGCAGACCAUGUAGCGU